AUGCCACUACCCGAAGCUGUCAACUUACAGCCGUUCGAGCUGCUGCAAUUCACUGCAAUCGCCGCUACCCUUUCUCAGCAGUGUUAUAGCCGGACACAGUUGUUGGGUUUGAACAACUUCAAGAUCGUGGCGCUCAACGAUGAUGAGCAAGAUCCACAACGCUACUGUCACUACAUAAUUGCUCUCAACGAAGGCGUCGUGUACGUUGCCUUCAAAGGAUCAGAUGCGCUGUCAAACUGGGUUGCGAACGUCUUCAUCGACCAGCAAAACGACGAGCAUGGCAGAGUGCACUCUGGUUUUUGGCAAAGUUUUCAGAGUGCAAAAGAUCGUCUGUCCAGAGACCUUCAGCCAUAUUUCGGACAUCCAGUCGUGUUCUGCGGUCACUCGAAAGGCGGUGCUCUGGCCAACCUCGCAGCAGCGUACUUUGCCCACGAGUUCCAACAGAAGAAAUGGAUUUUGACGUUUGGGGCUCCGAAGGUUGGCGACAAGAGAUUUGCAACGUACCUCAACUCCCAAAUGUGUCUUCACCUUCGUUUGGAGAAUCAAACGGACCCCGUGCCCUUCUUACCGCCCCUCUCCAAGUACGCGCAUGCCGGAAACCCUGUUGAUCUCGGCACGUUUUGCGAUCGAUUGCGAACGAUGUCAACGGUAGGGAUGGUCGGCACUUUCUGUUGGCGGGCUUUUCAAGCAGCUGACGCCGCGACACACAAAGCAACCAUGCUGAAAAAGGUCGGACAGGUGCUUGCAGAUGGAGCCGGGCGUCUUUGCGGGUUCGAAGCGAUUGCGCGCAUGACUCGUGAUUACGGCUUUAACGACGGCGGGGUGCUCGAGGCACACACUCUCGACAAGUACCAUCUUGCAAUUGCACGCGCUCAGGAGCGAGCUCAAGAAAUCAUAGAGAGCCAGCUCGCCCAGCAAGAGCGUGGCAUCACCGCCAGCCUUGGAGUGGCAUUGAAAAGUGGUAUCAAAUCGCUGCUUCGUGAUUGCAAAGCCUUGUAUCGGCUGAUUCGAGAUCCAAACGCUGGCGUUUCGAAGGCUCAAGCUCUGCUGGCGUCAGCAGCUCUCGUUUAUGUGGUUUCGCCUUGGGAUGUGAUCCCUGAUUCCAUUCCUUUUGUAGGGUACAGUGAUGACGUCUUUGUGGUACGGACUGCGCUUGACACGCUGAAUGCGCAAGUCAAUCGUUAUCGGCGCGACGACGAAUAGAUUUGUAAAUGUGACUGGUGAUUUGUGACUGAGUUUGUGAGGCUGAGACAAAUCUAUUCUACGAAUAGACG